UGAACUGAAGUAGACUUCCUGAACCGCCGCACCGGAACUCUCAAAAGCGGAAGCCGCAGCCGAAAUCUCUCUCGCCGGCGUCGCCACCUACCAGGACCAGCCAUGGCCCGCUACGACCGCGCGAUCACCGUCUUCUCCCCCGACGGCCACCUCUUCCAGGUGGAGUACGCCCUCGAGGCCGUCCGCAAGGGCAACGCCGCCGUCGGCGUCCGCGGCGUCGACACCGUCGUCCUCGGCGUCGAGAAGAAGUCCACCCCUAAGCUCCAGGACUCCAGGUCCGUGCGCAAGAUCGCGAGCCUGGACUCCCACAUCGCGCUGGCCUGCGCGGGGCUCAAGGCGGACGCGCGCGUGCUCAUCAACCGGGCGCGCGUCGAGUGCCAGAGCCACCGCCUCACCGUCGAGGACCCCGUCACCGUCGAGUACAUCACGCGCUACAUCGCCGGCCUGCAGCAGAAGUACACGCAGAGCGGCGGGGUGCGCCCCUUCGGCCUCUCCACGCUCAUCGUCGGAUUCGAUCCGUACACCGAGAAGCCGGCGCUGUACCAGACCGACCCCUCGGGCACCUUCUCCGCCUGGAAGGCCAACGCCACCGGCCGGAACUCCAACUCCAUGCGCGAGUUCCUUGAGAAGAAUUACAAGGAGACGUCCGGCAAGGAGACCAUCAAGCUUACCAUCCGAGCCCUGCUUGAGGUUGUCGAGAGUGGUGGCAAGAACAUAGAGAUUGCAGUGAUGACACAUAAGGAUGGCCUCCGCAACCUUGAAGAGGCUGAGAUCGAUGAGUAUGUCGCUGAGAUCGAAGCUGAGAAGGCGGCCGCCGAGGCUGCAAAGAAGGGUGGCCCGAAAGACACCUAAUGUUAUUCAUUCCUGAUGAAGCUGCCUGGACUAAACCUCGGCUCCCUUUACAGUUCGAAUCCGUUGUAUGCGUCGGCUGAGGCGUUACUGGGCCCUGGACGUAUUUUACAAAGUAGGCCGAUAUAUCAUACAGUUUAUUAGUUGCAGUGGCAGGCUGUAGGUGGGUUUGAAAGCCGCGCAAUAUGCAGGUCUUAACAAUGCCGCUCUACAAGUUGACCUUUAAUUUUAAGCCACUGAGAAGGGUCUCGAGGGAUCAACUGAACCAAGAAAUCACAAAUCGACAAACUAUAAGGAGCCUGACGGUUAGCUCAUAUGGCAAGUAACUCUGAAAGAAGAUCGAUUACAGCUGAAAAUACCAUUGAUAUGAUUAUUUACAACUCCUAAACUAGAUGGUCCAGCUUAUCCUUCCACAGUGUGCAAG